AAACGAGGUCCCCGUUCAGGCCGGGCUUCCCGGGUGAUGCUAGCAAAAGUGCAACCAGACAACGACAAGCGACAAGCGACACGGUUCUGAAGUCGGUCAGCGCGGAAACAAUUUUCAGCUAGCGAGCUGCGAACCUCUAAAGUGUGCCUGACAAAGUGUCUCUAGGUGCUGCACGACAUUUUUACAGUUACGUGGAUUUUUUCUCGACCUUUCCUUCUCACUCUCUCUGUCACAUACACAGAAAGUGCCAGUGAUCGUGUAAUUUUGGUGCUGAGCAGACAACUCAGGGUGGGAGUUUCAAAAAGUCGAACAAACACAUAACUAGUGGAUUGAAACAUAUUAUUUUCCGUACAAUAAAGUGUGUGUGUUUUUUGUGUGUUUGAACCUGUGAAGGGAUACAGCUACAGCCCGAUCGUCCCUUUUGCGCAAUGAGUCCAAAACCGCACGAUUUUACCGUUACGUUGAGGCGUUCCUCGCCCCAGGUCGCGUGGGGCAUCCGGCUGGCCGGUGGUACUGACCUGAACGCACCACUUAUCAUCACACGGGUACAGGACCACAGCCCUGCCCAGCCGGAGCUGCUCCGCGGUGAUGUGAUUACCAAAAUCGACCAGUACGACGCGCGCGACCUUAUGCACAUCGAUGCGCAGAACCUGUUCCGUAACGCCGGCAACCAGAUCAAGGUGACGGUGCGCCGCGACGACAAGGUGGCCCUGCACCAGAGUGCCCAUCCGAUCAAUGGCAAUCCGGUCGCACCGCUGUCGCCGGCCAACUUUGCCCAGCCCUACCAGCCGUACGCUGAGCCGGGACAGCCGGCCAAGCCGCAGCUACAUCAGAAUUUUCCACCACCGGAUCCCACACAGCUGUUGCCGAGCACGGCAACCUCGCUGCCACAUGGACCGCAGUCGUAUGCGGCCGCCCUGGAGCGCCCGGUCGAAACGCUGCCGCACACCGUCUUUCCCGGCGUGGACGGCACUGGAGCAUACCAUCUGCCGAAGCAGCCCUACCCACCGCCGGCCCCGACCAGCCUGAACGAUGCCAACGAAGCGAUCACUAAUCAGCCGUACCGUACCACGCCACUCGUCCUGCCCGGUGCGAAAGUACCGAAGAAGGAUACGCUCCCGACAGAGUCGUACCUCAGACACCACCCGAACCCGGCCAUGCGCGCCCCACCAGCACACGACUACACAGACUCACUGAUGAAACAGAAGCUCGCUGAAACUGUGAUUCAUCGAGUGAUUGGCGAAGAGCCACCGAGCGGUCCGAAGGUCGUUCACAAGCAGUUCAACUCGCCGAUCGGACUAUACUCGGACAACAACAUUGAAAACACGAUCAGACAGAGUGCUCCACAGCAGACGCAAACCGUCCCAUCGAACGGAUACACCAACAAUCGCCAACAUCGGCCAACGAAAAUUGAAGGCUACAAGAAGACCGUCGUGUUUGACCCGUGCAAGAGCGAAACCUACCGUGCGCUGCAGGAAGGAACUGGCGAAGGUUUGCAGGAGGUGCCGAACCCGAUUCAGCCGAAAACCUUCGCCCCGAACCGUUUAGUGCCUGGAAAGAAGCCUAACGCCAAUCACCCUGCACCUCAGCCAGAGUUCGCGUACCGGGUCAACUCGAUGGGCGAGCCGAACGAAAAGAUCCACCAGAGUGGAUCCUUCAAACGUUUGAUGCUGCACGUCAUGAGCGAAAUGGACUAAUGCGGCUCUCAUCGUGCAAAUAUGAGCGUCCAAAACGGUUGGAGCGCUGAACAACCACAUAAACAAACAAAAAAUGUUUUACUUCACAUCCACACACCGACACACACACACAUCCUCUCAUAUUUAUUAGAUUGCUCUCAUCGAAGUGACAUUAAAAGCACUUCAAAACGAACCCUUAUCGUGUAGCCCACGUCGUUCCCAUCCACACAAAACACACGGCGCUCUUGAUCGAGUAAAGAUCGAGCAUCGUAGCUUGAUGAGAAGCAAGACAAACAUAAUCUUUUUUUUUGUUUUGUUUCUCUGUUAGAUCUUAAUCCUCACCCUUUCCCAUGCCCAUCGCCCCAAACUGUGAAACUGCGCGAAUGUUUUGUAAAUAAGCAGUGCUUCUCCAAUGCCCCAAUAUCACCUUUAGAAAUCGAAUUCUUUUUAUUUAUUUGUUCUAUCCAUCCUCAUCAUCCCUGGGGCUCGGUUUUGGUCCCUCAAUGUUUUCCCCCCUCACAAUAGCACCCCCCACCCAUCUAGUUGACCACCGCCCAGCGUGUGUUUGCUGUAAGCAAAUUUGCAUAUUUAAUUAUUUAUCUAUUUAUCAAACCGUACAGUUACGCGAUUUGUAUAUUCUACUGAACCUUUUAUUAAAGAUAAUCCCCGCAGGCUCACUGAACGUUUGAGCAGUAAAUUGCGAAACGAGUGUAUGUUCUAGUCAACGAUCGUUUAUGUGUUGCAGCAAGGCCCAAUCUACCGAAGGCAGUACGUUUCGAGGGGCCGCCACGUAACCGUUCACAAAAGCAGUAGCUACAUUUUUUGUUUUGUAUACAAUUUAUCAAAUAUAUUACUACCGUUCGCAAGGCAGAAACUAAGAGUAUGGAGGAAAAGAAUUUUUCGAGUGUUUGAUAAAACCUAUCGUAUGUUCAGAACACACAUCGACUAGGGGAGUGUACUAGCGUUGUUGUACGUUUGAUUUUGUUGUACUACAAUGUAUGAAACACAUUUGAAGGUACACAUGCAUUGCAGUGGAUAGGGAAGUCCACACAUACAUACACGCACACAUUCACUCAAACACAUACUCAUGAGAGAGAGAGAAAAAAACAAGAGAAGAUAGUUUAGCACGGCUUUCAACGAGAUAUAUCUAUUUAUUACCAUUUAUGUACACAGUGAUAUCACAUAUCGAUGAACGAAAAUGCAGAAUAAAGAUGAAAUUAAUGAUAAAAUUUU